GACAAUUGUUGCGUUCGCGCGUGUCUUUAUCGAAGACGUUCUUGCGAGGAUUCAGUUUCGUUAAUGAAAUUUGUUGGUAUUUUCGUAAAUUAAUUCGAGUUUCGUGCGCGAAAUUUUGUCGAGCAUUGAGGUGUUGUUGGUUUAUAUGGUAAAACUUUAUAAUAAAUUAUGUGCGAUACCGCGAUCUGAAGGAAAAUUAUUUUUCGCGAAGAAAACGUCACGAUGGUGUUAAUUUUUACGUAAUAAUACGAGUUCGGAUUUUAUCAUUAAAAAAUACAUAAAACCUACAAAUAUUGCAAAAACAUCUCGUUCGGAUUAAAAUGGCAAAAAUUGUGAAUUUCCAAUCAUCCGAAUGAAUGGGAAAAGAUUUGACCAUUGGAAUGGCGUACUUUCGCAAUGAUCCUUUACCCAGAUAUCAUUGUCAAAAAAAUGUAACAUCUUGUAAACGAUGCGGUGGCUACAAGGUUAACAAUGACGUGAGCAUGAGCCGUGGAAGAAGACAUAAAUUGAUGCUAAUUUUAUUAAUAUGUACGUUCCUUUUUAUUUUCAUAUCGUACAAAUUUCAAGGCUGCGAUGAUAAAUCACCAUUUUUAUAUAUGCAAAGUGAUGCUUAUAAAAAAGCUUAUGUGCAAGGACGACAAAUGCCAUUAAUAUUUAUCGGAGGUGUUCCUCGAUCUGGUACGACGUUGAUGAGAGCCAUUCUUGAUGCACAUCCGGAAGUCAGAUGCGGUCAAGAAACGCGAGUUGUUCCGAGAAUCCUUCAGAUGAGACAGCACUGGAUGAAGUCGGCCAAAGAAAGUGUUCGAUUGAUGGAGGCUGGCGUUUCACCGGAGGUUCUAGAUUCGGCGGUAGCUUCGUUCAUUUUGGAUAUAAUCGUAAAACACGGCGAACCAGCUGGUAGACUUUGUAAUAAAGAUCCGCUUACGUUGAAGAAUGGAGAUUACUUAAUGGAAUUAUUUCCGAAUUCUAAAUUCAUUUUCAUGGUUAGAGAUGGUCGAGCUACUGUGCAUUCUAUUAUUUCAAGAAAGGUUACCAUUACCGGCUUUGAUCUCACCGAUUACGAACAAUGUAUGAAGAAGUGGAAUGACGCUAUAUACAUUAUGUAUAAUAAAUGCUUAAAAAUAGGAUCAUCGCGAUGCAUGAUAGUCUACUACGAACAACUAGUACUUCAUCCUAAAAUGUGGACUAAGCAGAUACUAGAAUUUUUGGAUAUACCUUGGCACGAGUCGGUUCUACAUCACGACGAACAUAUAAAUAAACCCGGAGGCGUUGUUUUAUCAAAAGUCGAAAGAUCAUCCGACCAAGUAAUCAAGCCUAUUAAUCUAGAAGCGUUGAAAACCUGGGUAGGCAAAUUCCCCGAAGAUGUUUUAAAGAAAGUGCCUCAAAUCGCACCUAUGUUAGGUCGACUAGGAUACGAUCCGUACGCAGUGCCACCGAAUUACGGUUUACCCGACGCUUUUGUACAAAAUAAUACUAAUUUAAUUAAUCAGAACAAAGAAAUUUGGCUAGAAAGAGCGAAAAAUCUAUCCUCGCAGAAUCAAUUCAGUCCUGGAAUUUUUAAUAAUUUACUAUCUCCGGAUAGUGCGAAUUUGACGACGACGAAAGAUUGAAUAAAAUUUCCCUAUAUACCAAUGUUGUGCCUUCGUAGUUUAAGAUAUUGUUGCCAUGAAUAUUAUUGAGUAAGUUGUAUUGUUGUAUAGCAAUUUUUUUUAUACAUUACCGUCGACCACGAUUGUACUUAUAAUUUAUAUUACCUUCUGACGAACGUACGUAUUUCUUACGCUAGUGAAGAACAAAGGUUACAGUGUGUUUUGAACAAAUUAUUGCUCAGGAUUUACCUAUUUAUAUUGAGGAAGUUCAAAUACGUGAAAUUUCUUCCUCAUCGUAUAAUAUGUAUUAUUUUACGUAACGAUGACUUUUCCAAAAUGACAUCAGUUUGUUUUCCUCGAAAUUUGCCCAUCUUAUUGGGAGCAGCGACAUCAUCACGAUUGACUUACAUGUUCUUAUUGUAUGUGGGCAUUGGAUAGAAUGUGAUAACUUUUUUUUUAUAGUCGUGCAUUUUGAUUUCUUCCUUUCUUUCAUUAUUCCAUUAAAAUCGAAGAUGCAUUUAAUAAAUUGACGUACAGUCGUAAAAAAUAAUAUAAACGAAUUCGUUUCCUUUUAGUGAAAUUUUUCAGUAAUAUCGUACGUAUUCUGUUUCGUUUAUUUUAUUUUUCACCGAAUAUCUACUUAGUUAUUUUUAUCAAUGGCGAAGACCCUUAAUAAUACAUUGAACGAGCAUUCCUCUUGUCCUUUUGUUGUGUGUUGAUUUAAUAUACGUAGUAUGAUGUACCGUGUACAGAGCAUAACAUUACGCUGUACCUGUUUAUUUAAAAUUUUAUUUGGACUGUGAUAAAUUUGUUGUUUUUAUGUAAUAACGUUUAUUUAUUUUAGUUUAUUUUUUAUAUUUACGAUCGCGAAUACAGAGAAUAAACUAUCGUUUUUGCACACUCGAUGAAACUGAAAUGUAAAUAAGUCUGUUUGUAUAAGCUUUUUCUGUGUAUACUGUUAAGUUAUAUUUUUCAUUUGUUUUAAAAAUCGAGAUACUUAUUUACCUAUACGAAGUGUCUUCUGAAAUGCAAUGUCCGUAAAAUAUAAGUUCCUUCCAUUAUCGUUUUGUAACUUUUAUCCACUAUUACAUUCCAGCAUAUUGUACGAAUUUUUUUCAUCUUUCAUAAUUACUUAUUGCUCAAUUUUGAGUUUUAGUCGAAUGAACGUUGUUGAAUAUUUUUGUCGAGUCGAGUCGAUUAAUUUUGAAAAUGAAAU